AAUCCAUCCUCACUGGGCGGAUUGUGGAGAGAGCAUGCGUCAGUGUUGACGACUGCACUCCAGGGCUAGCUAAUCAGCUACCGUUGUAUUCUGUAGCUAGAAAUGCAAUAACGUCGUCCUGUAAUUCUAUUUCGGCCACAAAGGAAAAGUAUUCGUGCAAAAAUGAUAACUUUAUCAAUAAGCGUUGAUAUUACUGGUCUCUUUUCCACCGUCAAAUAUUGCCAGGUCGUGUGACUGCAUUGCCCGAUUUACGUUAGCAACAUCUUCAGAUAGCAAGCUAGCUAGCCAGUCAGCUAGUUACCUAGCUAAAUUGGUCGUAGUUAGUUGCCUCAAGGCUCUACAACAACAGCCAUGGGAAUCAUUUUCACCAAACUAUGGAGGCUUUUCAAUCAUCAAGAGCACAAGGUUAUUAUUGUGGGCCUGGACAAUGCAGGGAAGACCACCAUUCUUUACCAGUUUUCUAUGAAUGAGGUGGUGCACACCUCUCCUACAAUAGGCAGCAACGUGGAGGAGAUAGUGGUGAACAACACUCAUUUCCUGAUGUGGGACAUCGGAGGGCAGGAGUCACUGAGAUCCUCCUGGAACACAUACUACACAAACACAGAGUUUGUGAUCAUAGUGGUGGACAGCACUGACCGAGAGAGAAUCUCUGUCACCAAAGAGGAGCUCUACAGAAUGCUUGCACAUGAAGAUCUGAAGAAGGCGGGCCUGCUGAUCUUUGCUAACAAGCAGGAUGUGAAGGGCUGCAUGUCUGUGGCUGAGAUCUCCCAGAGCCUGCAGCUCACAUCAGUCAAAGACCACCAGUGGCACAUCCAGGCCUGCUGCGCCCUCACUGGGGAGGGGUUGUGCCAAGGCUUGGAGUGGAUGACGUCACAACUGCGAGUCAGAUGACCUUUGACCCUGAUCAACAACAAAAACAACAGGUGUGCUGUUCCUCUCCUUUUCUCUACACCUUCAGUCCUGAGGGGUGUAGUUGGUUG